GAAGCGUUUUAAAGUUUGAAGAGUCAUCAUGGAAGAUUCAGAAGGACAUCAUUUCAGCUCAGUGGAAGACGAAGCCAGAUACUGGAAAGAGAUGGCAAUGAAAUACAAGCAGCAUGCUGAGAACACACAGGAAGAAUUGCAUGAAUUCCAAGAAGGGAGUCGAGAGUAUGAAGCUGAACUGGAGACUCAGCUACAGCAAACGGAGUCCAGAAACAGAGACCUCCUGUCAGAAAACAAUCGUCUGAGAAUGGAGCUGGAGUCAGUCAAAGAAAAGAUUGAAAUGGAGCAUUCAGAAAGAUACAGGCAAAUCUCUGCACUGGAAGAUGACUUGGCACAGACAAAAGCUAUUAAAGAUCAACUUCAGAAAUAUAUUCGGGAACUCGAGCAAGCAAAUGAUGACUUGGAAAGAGCAAAAAGAGCCACUAUAAUGUCUCUGGAAGAUUUUGAGCAGCGUUUGAACCAGGCUAUUGAAAGAAACGCUUUUCUGGAGAGUGAGCUGGAUGAGAAAGAGAACCUUCUGGAGUCUGUGCAACGCCUGAAAGAUGAAGCUAGAGAUCUACGACAAGAGCUUGCAGUGCAGCAGAAGCAGGAGAAACCCAAAACACCGAUGCGAGCUGCCCUGGAAACAGAAAGAACAGACACUGCAGUUCAAGCAUCCUUAUCUGUGCCUGCAACUCCCUCAGUGCACUGGGCACCCAACAUCAACCGACACACUCCUAUGACACUUAGGAGAGGUCUUGAGGACAGUUACAGUGCCACUCCUCUCACACCUGCUGCAAGAAUAUCUGCACUUAACAUCGUGGGAGACUUGCUGCGAAAAGUGGGAGCUUUGGAAUCCAAACUUGCAUCUUGCCGAAACUUUGUGUAUGACCAGUCUCCAAACAGAGCCACCGUGUCCAUGUGCAUGAACAGAGAUGUCCUUGAAACACACCUGAGCCCUCACCAGCCUCUGUGUGAUACAGGGUUAGUGAAACGCCUGGAGUUUGGAACACGGCCUUCAAAUGUUCCAGGACCAAUGAGCCAUCCCUCACAAAGUGUUGUCAAGAUGCUGCUAUGAAAAGCCUGACUGGCUUU